CAGCAGGAGCUGAGAGAAUGGCGUGGCGCGGGCUGGUGCUAGCUGCUUGCCUCCUGCUUCUGCCCUGUGCCGCCGCGGACUGCCUGUCCCGGUGCUCCUCAUGUGCUGUGAAGACCCAGAGUGACCCCAAACCCGUCAACCUCCUGGUUUGCUCCCUAGAAUGCCAGGCUGCCCUGCUGCCUGCCAAGGAGUGGGAAAGAUGCCAGAGCCUCCAGCCUUUGCUCACCCCCGACGCCCUUUAUCCGAACGGCGAGGAAGGCUCGGAGACCCGUGCAAAGCCAAAGCCCUACAGUGAGCUGGUCACUGGCCCCGAGUAUUACCUGAAGGAUAUGAAGAACAUCCGAAUCGUGCUGGAAGCCCCGAAGGAGAAGCGUGCUGUGGGCAGGCAGAGGGUGAGUGGACCCAACUCUCUGCCAGUGUACAUCCAGCCCGAGGAUGAAUACCUGGAGGCGAUGGCAGCGGCGGAGGCCGCCUCGGAGGAGAACCCCAAGGAGCAGUUCAAACGCUAUGGGGGCUUCUUACGCAAAUACCCCAAGAGGAGCUCAGAGGUGGCGGAGGAGGCGGAUGGAGAGAAGGAGGGCCACGAGGACCUGUACAAACGCUACGGGGGCUUCUUACGGCGCAUCCGUCCCAAGCUCAAGUGGGACAACCAGAAGCGCUACGGCGGCUUUCUCCGGCGCCAGUUCAAGGUGGUAACUCGGUCGCAGGAAGACCCCAAUGCCUACUCUGGAGAGCUCUUGGAUGCCUAAGCACCUCCCCCACCCGAGGUGGAGUCAGGAGAUCCUGGGUUUGCCCUCCCCUUGUGCUCUGUCCCCAUGCUCAGAUGCGCACGCACGGUCUGCAAAUUUCUAAGCCUAACCUGCCUGUCUUCUGCUUGUGGGGCGGCGAUUGGCUGGGAUCUGCGAGGGGCGGGACGGAGGGUCCUUCUCCAAUAGGCGUAGCUCUUGCCUCCCUAGAUCUCUCCAAGUCCCUCCCUCUGUUCGCCUGACUCUCCAAUUCCAUGACUCUGGACAGGCUGAUCCUUCUGCUAGGCCUUUGCCCUUCUCAUUCAUGCCUUUCUCACAGGAGGAAUGAGCAAGCCCUCACCCAUACACACGUGUUCUUGCAGACAGUAUGUACGUGUGUCAUGAGACAACUCCAAGGAUAGGAAUUUAAGUCACAGUAGAUAAAUAGAAAUUCUAACAGUUUGUUCCCCAGCUUCAAAGGGUCUCAUUCUGCAAAACCACUGGGAGACCAUACUUUAGUUAAAAGCGAAAGUGCUGCCCUUUGUUGGAGCAGAAGUUCCUGCCUUAGAGAGUUUAGUUGGGUCUGUGGCCAGUCUGUAUGCUCUGAGUUCUCAUUGUUUAAAAGUGCUCUUUGCAGAAGGACCCAGUUCCUGAACUAGUCCUCUGAGAACACCAGCGCCUCAUGGAGAGGGAGUGAAAAUCCUUUUCCUGGGGGAUUAGAAAGCGUUCUCCUGGAUGCCGUUCUCCUUCUGCUCCUUCUGUUCCUUCAGAGAGCAGUUCUCCUUUUGAAUGCUGAAAUGAUCAAGGAGGGAGCUAGGCAGAGCAAUUUGUACUGCGCAACGAACUCAAAAUGUGGAUCAGUUCCCUGAGCUCUCAUUAAACUAAUUAAACUGAUCGGUAUCACACUCCUACCCCAGGAUGAACUGAAGCUGAGUCAAGUUGAUGAGAUUAAGCCCAACCAAGUUCUUGAGCAGCUGAAUUGGCCGCCAAGAGUCCAAACCAUCUGCUCCAACAUAUGUGUCGGGCAUUGGGCAAGGGAAUCCAGAAGCAAGAGCGAAAAAGAGAAAAAGGCCCACUCCAAGCCCCAUGAUGAUUCUUUCCUCUUAAUGUCUCAAAACAAGAGAGAGGAAUGAAAUGAUUAAGUGCUAGAGGCCAAAUGAGCGCUCUCUCUCCCUCUCUCUGUCUUUCUCUCCCUCUUUUUCUCUCUCCCUCUCUUGCGCUCUCUCUCUCUCUCUCUCUCUCACACACACACACAUACACACACACACUCACUCACACACUCACUCACAUACACCUCAGCAUUGAUUCAGUUGGUGGAUCCAGGAAGUAAGGCUGAAAAAGAAAAUGGACUUGAGUUUGGUUACUUUCCUAUGAUGCAACUGAGCAUACUUCCUCUUUAUACCCAACACCCAGAUCUCAUGAUGUUCUGAAACAUAUAGAUGGCUUUAGAGUUAAUUUGUGUGCUUAAAAAAGACAUUUAUGCAAUUUACUUGUAAUUUGCUUAGUCCUUAAUAGUCCUGUGUCAUUUCCUACUCUUCCAGUAUAAUAAAUUUAAAAUAAGACACUAA